AUGAAAAGGGCGUCAUCGUCGGAUCGUCAAAGUGCAUGGGCGGAUGCGGACGAUGCGAAGGUACUGAUAAAGCCAGUGGAUGGCAUAUCAAGCGGAAGCAACAAAAGGAACUGUUUGCCGCCAAAGAACUGUAAAAAGCGCAUGAAAAACGUUAUCGGGAUGGGCGCAGCACGCAAUUCCAUGCAAAUCAACGAACGCCGACAGUACGGACAGGAAGCGCUCUGUGCACCAUCAUUUAUUUUUAAAUUUUAUCUGGAACACUUCAAGAAACAUUGUCUCUCUCUCUUAUGA